AGCCCGAGCCCCAGCCCCAGCCCCAGCCCCAGCCGGAGCCCCAGCCCCAGCCCGAGCCCGAGCCCCAGCCCCAGCCGGAGCCCGAGCCCCAGCCCCAGCCCGAGCCCGAGCCCCAGGGCGCCGUGGGGGGAGAAGAUGUCAUCGAUGAUCGUAUUAUGGAGCAAGGAGCAGUGGUCCUCAGAGGUUUUGUGAUUGAGCGUAUUAUCACAGAAGACCCCGGUCGACGGAUCUGCUCCGAGGACCUCGGAGGGCGGCCCGGUGAACAACAGGACCCGCACAUCAAAGAGGUGGUGCAACAGCUGCUGAAGAUUGCGGAUGACAUAAACAAGAAUGCAGAGCUCCAACAACUCAUCAACCAGGUGCAGGGUAACUGUGCAAAGGACGUCUUCAUGACGGUGGCCAGAAGCAUCUUUGCUGACGGGAUCAACUGGGGGCGAGUGGUGGCUCUCUUUCAUCUGGCCUACAGACUUAUACACAAGGCACUGACCACCAACCAUCUAGAGAACAUCAGAACGGUCAUCAGUUGGGUUCUUCAGGUCAUCAGAGAGCGCCUGUACUCCUGGAUCGAGCGGCAGGGCGGCUGGGAGGGGGUGAUCCGCGGCUUCUCUUGGUGGAGGACAGUUGCUAUUGUGGCAUCAGUUAUACUGGUGGCCUCCUUUGUUUACAACAGGAAGACACGCUGAGACCCUUCCGACCGGGGGGUGCUGUCCCAGCCAACGGACGAACGCAGGGUGUUCACAAAGACAAUUUCUGGAACGUUAACUAAAACCACUACUCAACCUCCGAUUAGUUCACCAGAGGAGGUCAAAUACUUUAAUUUCAGGUGGGAAAUGCUCCACUGUUCUUAUCUCAGUCAUCCUUCACCAGCAACUACACAGCCCCCUUCCCUGAACCACGGCGGAGGUUCUUCAUCUCUUUUGCACCGGUGGCUGUCGGCAGAUGAUGGUGUUUACGAACAUUGGAAAUAGGUGUAGAUGUCCCCAAACAGACCUGAAGACCCGACCCAGACCAUGUCCGAGGUCCAUUCUUUUACGCUCUUCAUCAGUUUUGGGUUGGUUUCAUCUUAAGUGUCCCCAACCCUCGCGGUCUGUGGGAAAUUUGGAUUUAACCUGAGAGGACCCAAAAAGACCUGAAAAAAUAAGCUGCAUUUAAUUUAAGCCAAUCCCAAAAAUUCACCUGGACGUGAGUUGACUUGACUGUAGGUUCUUCAUGUUAGCUUGUACCUGACAUUUGAAUAAUGUUGUAUUUUGACCAUGAUGCGGUCGUGUCUGCACCAGGCCUGUACUUUAUUACACACAAUGGCCGCAACAGAACUUAAACAUGUCCUGAUCUUCCUAGUGGUUGACACCAUCUCUAAAAAAAAAACCUUUUCUUUGGCUUGUUGAACGAUUCUGGACAGAACAACAUCAACGAUGGCUUCGUACCAUUUAGUCUCACCAGUUCCAGGACCAGUAUACUUAAUCAACAUUAUUUUUUAUUGAAUUAGUUUUAGUCAAAUGUCUACCAAGGUAAAAAGUGUCUAGUCUAGAAUCUAGAAUCUGUGGUGAAAUCAUUUUAACUGCUUCUUGGGUUUUUGCUGAGUAAGUUUUUUUCUUCCCUAACACCUUAAAUGAUGUAACUUGCAGGUUUCAGCAUUUAAGCUCAGUUAUGGGAUGUUUUACUGAAACGCCAAUUUAAUUUACUGCCUCAACUUUUUAUCUACUCAUAAAUUCUUAUUUAAAAUAACAAAAACACUCCAAAAUUGUCCAAAAAUGUGGACUCUGUGAAAUAAGUUGUUUCACUUGACAACUCUGUAGAUGGUGAACUCUCACUCUAUUCCUGGUGUCGAUUGUGUCCUUCCAUUAGCCAGCUAACUAUAAUAUGUAUUUCUGUAGUGUACUGUGAAAACAUCUGAACUCUCAGGGGUGAAUCUCACGCAAUCUGCUGACAAAAGUCUUUAAGUGCGAGUAAGCUCAGUCCUGUUGCCUCUGUUCUUCAAUGGUCAUCCACAUUUUGUGUGUGAUCGUCAUUCGUUGCACAACGCAUGUGGCAAAUGUUUAACUUGUCAGACAUCUGCACUGGUGUAACAACACCGAAUGGUUGAAUUGAAUGGUAUGGAGCCCCCCCCCCCCGGUGACAUACGCAUCACUAACUUGUGGCCACGCAUUAAUAUUUUUCCCUUAUGUCACCGGGGAGGGGGGGCUCUUCUUCUUUUGUCACGUGAGCAGCGAUUUCAGGCGCUAUGAUCUACUACACGUGAUACUUUGUUUGCUACUAAGUUGAUAGUGAACUUUUCAAAAGGGGAAAUGACACUGUGCUAUGCUGCUUUUUAAUGUACGGUGGUGAUCAUUUUAUUAGAAAACAAUUUUUGGGAAAUCCAUUUGAAUGGUUGAAAUAAAAUGAGAUGUUUUGAUCUGG